GUGCAGCCUUUGGCGCCGCCCAUGCGCCACAGCCGCGGGACCAUGGCUCGUCCCAACACGUGUUUCCUGUACGUUUUCAUGGCAACAAUCAGGAGCGGUACUGCCAGCUCGUCGCACGCCGCACGCAUGGCGUUACUUGGUGCCACAGCUAGCCAUGCUCUGCGCGCCGCGCCGACGCGCGGCACGACCCUCGUCGGCCGCGACUGGCGCAUCCCCCAGCUGCGACCGAAACGGCCACCGCCACCGAAGAACGGCACCCUCGCAACGCUGAGACACACGCUCCUCGCGCCCGUGCGCGCCAUCCGCUACUGUUAUGAACGGUGGUCGCCCACCUUGACACGAACGGUAAUCACGUGUUCGUGCGGGUACUGCGCCUGGGUCGCCUACCUCCAUGACCGGGACAUGAAAAAUAUGAAGAAGAGCCUGUCGAACUGGAAGGGGGUACCUACCGCAACCGUCAAAACCUUAAAACCCGCUUUGCAGCAGACGACGAACGCGGCGUUAGUGGUAGGCAAGAAGACGCGGACGGACUUGGUGCCUGCCUUAGGCCAGGCCUGGACCGCGGCCGAGCCCUUCGUGCGACGCGCGGGAACUGCCGUCGUCGGCUUGAUGGCCGACGGCGCGGCCUUUGCGAUUGAUGCGAUGGAGGAUUUUCGGGAUGCUAUUAAAAGGAAGCGCGCCAAGCGCAAGAAGCUGCUGGGGUUGCCGUUUUCCCAUCCCGCCCGCAAACAAAGACGGUCGCGCUACGAUAGAGCCGCGGAGAUCAGCGAGAAGAUCACGGACGGCGCCGAGAUUGCGGGUGCGGUCGCGCUGAACACGUCGAAGGUCGCGACGCGCUGGCUGGGCAAGGCCGGCAAGGCCGUUGGGAAAGCCGCGGGCGGAGUGGCGGCCAUGGCGCGCAACCACACUGUUGCUGACGAAGGUGGGGAGGAGGUCGUCGACGAUGAGGUCGUUGUGGAGGACGAGGACGCGGAGGAGCUUGCGGAGGCGCCGGCCGAGGAGGAGGAGGUGGUGGUCGCACCAUCUGCGCCGGAGCCGGAGGUGGCGCCGCGGCGGCGCGGCCUCUUCCCCUGGCGGCGGCGGCGGCCGCGGGAGGACGAUGCCGUCGCGGCGGAGCCCGAGCCCGAGCCCGAUGUAGUCGACGAGGACGACGACCGGGGUGAGCCCGAGGCCGAGGCCGAGGCUGACGAGGAGGAGGUCGUCGAGGAGGAGGAGUCUGAAGAGGAGGCCGGGGAGAUUUACUCCUCGGACUCCUCGGCGAGCCUCGCGACGCCGUUCCUCGCGCAGAUCCGGGUCCUCAAGGAGAUCAUCCAGCUCACGACGGCGCCGCCGUCGCCCGCGCCGCCGCCGGACGCUCCGACGCUGGCCGAGCGGGCGAGUAGCGAGCCCGCCGAGGUAUACUUUGUUUGA